CUGACGGCUGCUCACGAAUAAUGGAAAAUUUCACCGGCAUUCCAGGGAUUUUCAGCUCCUCUCUCCGCGAGCAGCCCAUGUGGAAAGUCAUAGGGCCGAUCUUGUCCACUUCGACGGUUAUGAGAGACUCCACACUACGAGACAUAGAUUUCCAGUUCCCAUUGCGACACAGUUCAGGGUCUCUCGCAAUCCUUCUUCUAACUCCUACAUCCCUUGAACCGUGCAAUCGGCAGGACACUCUAUAUCGCUUGAAUCAACUCGCACAGCACAGAGAUCGCUGCUCUCGAAGAAUUGCCGUAGCUUAUCUGCUGUCAGAUACACCAUUCAUCAGCGCAAGCGGUGUUUCCAGUCUCAAUGGAUGGGUGGCACUGGAAAUAAUAAUGUUCGAAUCCCUCCCCGCUAUGAUGCCCAUCAUCCCGAUCGCAGACGCUUCAUGCCUCCUGUCCUCGAUCCAGGAAUACAUCAGCAAUCUCCAAGAUAUGCCUGGUCCACGUGCGAGCCCUGCACCGGUGCAGGGUAUAUGACGUUGGCCGUGGACGACGGCUCCACUUGCAUUGAAU